GUACAGUACUGAACAAAAAUUGAAUUUCUUUCUCUAUUCCACUCUUUCUCUCUCAUCACUGAUCGAAAAAUAGAAAACCAACAGAAAUGAGCAUGUGCCUUGUUCUUCUUCUCGUCCUCUGUUUGCGUGCGGGGGACAUAUUUUGCCAAACCCGAGGUGAAUUUGGAGAUUCGCUCCGAUUUGAAAUUUGAAUAACAUCUGAAGUAUCCUUGUGGAAUGGUGAUCUGAAGCGAAGGAGAGAAGAUGAAGAAGGGACAGGGUGGCAGCGGUGGCGGAGGCGGUGGUUUGGAGCUGAAGCAGAGAAUAGUAUGUGCGCUGAACAAGGUGGGAGAUCGCGACACUCAGCAAAUAGGAAUGGAGGAGCUAGAUCGUGUGGCGCAGGGUUUGAGGCCUGAAGGGAUAUGGUCGUUCCUGUCGUGCAUUCUGGAGACGGAGUGGGAGCAAAAGGCUUCCAUAAGAAAGGAGUGCGUGAGGCUGAUGGGAACCUUGGCCACUUACCACGACACCCUCCUCCUUCCUCACCUUCCCAAGAUGGUCGCCAGCAUCGUUAAGCGCCUCAGGGAUCCCGACUCCGUCGUCCGGGACGUCUGCGUCAACACCGUUGCCCUUCUCGCCUCCAAGUUGGGCCUCGCCCUCUCACACAAGGAUAAGGUCUUUCUCUUGCUCGUCAAGCCCAUUUUCGAGGCUCUCGGCGAACAGAACAGGCAUGUUCAGUCCGCCUCUGCUCUCUGCCUCGCCAGGAUCAUUCACAACACCCACCACCCUCCUCUUUCGCUCCUGCACAAGAUGCUUCUCAGGACUCUCAAGUUGCUUAAAAACCCUCAUUUCAUGGCUAAACCUGCCCUGCUUGACCUCACCAAGACCCUUAUCCAGGCUGGGGGUGCUCCAACGCAAAAUAUUCUCUCCGCUGCAAUUGGCAGUAUCCAAGACGCCCUAAAGCACAGUGACUGGACAACUCGCAAAGCAGCUUCUGUGGCACUGGCGGAAAUCGCUCUGGGCGGUGCUUCUUUUUUGGGAUGUUUCAGGGCUUCCUGUGUUCAGUCCCUUGAGUCGUGUCGAUUUGACAAGGUAAAACCAGUUAGAGAUGCUGUUUUGCAAGCGCUUAAGUAUUGGACAAGUCUUCCGGCUCCCGAUACUCCUGACCCUUCUGAAACCGGAUCCUCCUUAAAAGAAAAUAUCUGCAGAGGCGACUCUGAUCUUAGCAGUACGACCGAAUCCAGACAGAAAGAUGUUAGGCUCCAAAAGGUUAAUAUGAAAUCAACCAUGGGAAGGAUUCCUUUGUCUGUUAAAAAAACAUGUCAAAAUUAUACCAGGAACACUCAGCAUAAACCUGAUGAUUGGCAUGUUGAAGUAGCAGUUCCCAGACCCCACUCUGUUGUGGAAUUCCAGACUGAAGAAUCAGAGAGUUGUUCUGUCUCUAAACCAUUGGAAACAAUGAGUGCCGAUGUUUCAAGCAUGCAAGAUGUUGGUUAUGAAUAUGUGCCUAUGGACGACAAGCAGGAGUGUUCUUCUGUUUCUAAUCUUGCCACUGAUAACUUUGAGACCAAGUUUUUAACUGCUCAUGACUGCUUUGUAAAUAGUGGAGUACCAAAGCCAAUUGCAAGAAGCCAAAGGUAUAGUGAAGAAAGAAGUUCUGACGAACAAGUGUACUCCGUAAAGAUGCAGCACCCUAGUAGUUCUGAUUCUACAGUCACAGAGCCAAGUCGUCAAACUACACAUGAAUGCUGUAUGCAAAUGGCAAAUGAAAUGAUUUGUAUUCAGAAUCAACUUUCCGAUAUUGAAAUCAAACAAGCAAACAUGAUACACCAAUUACAGAUGUUUUCAACUGGCAUAAUGGAUGCCCUUUCUACAAUCCAGUCAAGAAUGACAGACUUAGAGAAUGUCUUUGAUAGAUUAAGUCGAGAAUCUUUUCAAGGAGGAAGGCAUUCUUAUUCUGAAACCUCCAAAUUAGGGAAGCAGAGUGAAAUUGUAGCCUCUCCCAGGUUCUCCAUCUGCACUCCAAGGCCCUCUGUAGAAAUUAAUAAUAAGCAAUCAGUCUCUCUGUCAGUUAAAAAUUCUGAAAGUUGGGAGAAAAGGACAUUUUCGAGAAGCCAACCCGGGAUUCAUUCUGUAGAUAGUUCAGAUAUGUGGAAAAGUUACAAGGUCAAGGCUGGCAGAAAAGGUACAGAGAAGGAUGUUUUGAACAGCUCAGCGAAGGAUGCAACAAGAAUGGGUUUGGUAAAAAAUGAUGGUAUCAUUUCUGCUUCUAGAACAACCAAUGCCAGAAAUGGCUGGUCUGAGAAUAACACAAACUGCUGGAAGCAUGUAAAACGUCUUGUAUGUGAAGGGGAUCUAAACAGUGCCUAUAUGGAAGCUUUGUGUUUCAACGAUGAGUUUAUUCUCGUUGAGCUUUUGAAUACUACUGGUCCAGUUGUAGAAAGUUUAUCCGUAAAGACAAUCAAUGCUCUUCUUAGCACUUUAGCAUCACAUCUUCUCGAAGGAAAAUUGUUUAGUAUAAUAAUCCCUUGGCUGCAACAGAUUGUUGAAAUGAGUACUAUCCAUGGACCAAAUUGCAUUGCUAUCUCUAUUGAAGCCAAGGAGCAUCUUUUAUCGGCAAUUCAGGAGGCCGUGAACCUGCACAUUUUCAGUCAUUCAGAAAGAAGGCGUGCUGCUGAAUUAGCAAUGAAAUUACAUCAUAUAUGGGGUAAGACAGCUGAAAAUUGAUAUUUGUGUAGCUGACCAAAAUUUCAUCAAUAUAGCCUUUUCCUGUUAGGGCUCGGAUCUCGUCCCUGGUUGAACUCACCCAGUUCUUGCGUUGGGUUUUACGAAUAAUCUGCUGCUAUUUCUGGAAUUAUUGAUUUGUGGAGUGUUUUUUUUUUUUAUCUUUCCCCGAUUGGUAGCUGUGUACUCUGAUAGGAAAAAAAGUAUUGCAUCUUUGAGAAUGGAUCUCAAAAUUAUGUUU